UAUAAAUUGAAGGCAACUCUGUAAUUUGGUGAUGAAAUUAACUUAAACGAUGGCUGUGCAAGAGUCUGUACUGAUCUUUCUUGCCAUUUUCAGCCCGACAGUACUGGCAUAUAGCGGUAUUAAAGGUGCAUAUUGGCCGUCGUGGGAGGCUGAUGCCUUAUCUCCAGCGAGCAUACCUACUUCAUACUUCACUCACCUGUUCUACGCCUUUGUGGAGGUGAACAACGCGACUUAUGAACUUUCCAUCACACAGCCGGAUGACAAAUGGAUGGGGAACUUCACGGCUACAUUACAUGCUAAAAGUCCCUCGCCAAAAGUUAUUUUGUCGAUAGGAGGGGCUAAUACAGGCACCAUGUUCUCUGACACAGUAAGCAGCCACAAAAGGCGGUCUGCGUUUAUAAACUCAACUAUUGUUGUGGCGAGGAAGUAUGGCUUUGACGGUCUUGAUCUUGAUUGGGAAUUUCCAAACAGUAUACUAGACAUGUCCAACCUCGCCACAUUUUUCACUGCUUGGCGCUUUGCUGUUGACAAGGAGGCCCGUGUCUCUGGCAAGCCGCGGAUUCUUUUGUCUGCUGCAGUGUAUUAUUCUUCUGAGAUGUUCUCCACAAGUCCCCCGCUUAGUUAUCCAGGUCACGUGAUUAAAAAGUACGUUGAUUUUGUAAGUCCAAUGUGUUUUGAUUUUCAUGGAACCUGGGAUCCCCUAAAAACUGGUUCCCCAGCACCAUUAUACGACAACUAUAGUAAUCUUAGUACAAGUUAUGGCAUCUCUUCUUGGCUAAAAAGUGGAGUGCCAUCGGAUAAAGUAGUGAUGGGACUUCCAACGUAUGGAAGAACUUGGGAAUUGGUAAAUUCUAGUGACCAUAAUAUUGGUUCUCCUGCUCUUGGAGCUGGCUCUCCUCCAGUUCUGACAUAUGAUCAAAUAGUUGAUUUUAAUUUGGAAAACAACGCGACUGUGGUGUAUGAUGAGGCUACAGUUUCGACGUAUUCAUACUCAGGGAAAAAUUGGACCGGGUAUGAUAAUGUGGAGUCUGUUAUAAACAAGGUGAAGUUUGCUAAAGACCAGGGUCUUGGAGGUUAUUUUUUCUGGGCACUUGGUGAUGACAAAAACUGGGUUCUCUCUGCUGCUGCUUCCAAAGCAUGGGACAGCUAAACUAAUCUCUCUGUUGUACAUGGAUAAGUGGCGCCUGAAGUAUACAUUCGGAUUUAUGAUCACAUUUUUUCUUUCGGUUUAUCUGUCUGUUGAUAAUUUCUAAAUUUUUCGGCUGGCAAGCUGUGUCUCUACUCCUAGUAGGGAUAAGGUAUGCUUCUCACACUCUCAGUACUAUGCUUCUGAGUAAAUUAUAGUGUUGUAUUUGGUUAUUUCUGUAUAAAAUAAAAUAUCUGAAAUUCAAAUACUGCAUUAAUGUGCAAUAAUGAAUAAACUUCUGUAUAAUUUGAA